AUGAGCAAAUCCAAGGGACAUGGAAGAUGGAGAUCGGAUGGGCACAAUCGAAUGAACAUUGGGUCAUCGGUCAAGGGGAAGCCCAUCAGCAACCCGAUUCCAUUUUCGGAGGACGACGAAUUUCCUUUUAAACCUGUUGGCCCGGGCAUGCCAGUUCCUCAAGGCAGCGAAGGCGUCGAGAAGGAAAUGCACCUGAGACUGUCUGCGGACAGUACACUUCGACGAGAAGGAAUUGACGUUUUCCUGGACAAUCUAAGUCUCGAGUCCGAGACGGCGCCUCCGCAACCGUCAUAUGCACCACCCGCGCCGCCUACAAGUCAGCCAACGCCUUUAGGGGUCUCCACAAGUAUACAAUCAGGUUCGAGCGCCAGAGGGAGGAGGCCCUCCCUGAGAAAUGUAUUUGGCAAAUUCUUUAGAAGGAAACAUAAGCCCAGUGCCUCCUCGACAAGUGGUGUACGGGCGGGACAACACCGUAGUGUUCCUACUGGGUUGAGCAGAAGCCCGAAAGGUACCCUCUCAAAACAGCGCUCGGCCUCACUACCCAUCAACGAAUUCAAUCGAGCAUUGCACUCUCACUCGGCGUCCACUGAGGAAUUCCCUCUAGCCAGCACCAACAUCAACGGCGAUAUUACACAAGCAAACUGGCAGACGAGACCUAGAGGAGCCACAACACCGAGCGGACUGUGGGUGCCAAAUAGAGCGACGGGAUAUGUGGAUUGGACUGGUCUGUCACCAAGGCCAGCAAGCAGCCAUGCUAGGGGGAGUCGGGUCUUCCAUGACGACGAGCCCGAGGCGGCGGUCGGAAUCGCCCUGACGAGCGGCAGCCACCCGAGACGAAAAUCGCGGAGCGUUGGCGAACUGCGGGGGACCACAUCAGCGAGUAAUAUCAGGCGGCGAAGUGAUGAGAUUAGAUAUUGGAGAGAAAGCUAUGACCCAGUUGUGCUUUCACCAGUGUCUACCAACAAGCCUGAAGGGGAGGAGGCGGACGAGCAGGAUGUUCGCGCAGAAGAGCCGCCGCCGCAGCCAUUCAACUUCGGACUGAUGGGUGAGAUGGCCGGGAUGAAAAUAACGCAGGCGGCCAGCCUCGAGACUCGAGUGCUGAGGCUUGAAGCGCGCGUGCGUGGAAUGGAAAAGGCGGUAUUUCGAUCGCGCAGUCAUGCAUCGACAGACCGUCUCGUGUUUCCGGAUCCGCCCCCAAGAAGCUCUAGGAGAGGACGCAGGACAUCCUUGACUCUAUCAGCGACGGACCAUCCAGAACCAUCUUUUGCAAAGCGGCAAGAGUCGCGAGAAACACAGCGGCGUCAGAAUUCCCGCGGUCCUGUAUCGCGGGGUAGCCAAUCUUUAUAUGAGAGCAGUCGACCUUCGACAGUUUCGACCAAUAAUUCCUAUUAUCCUUUCUUUGAUAACGCCUCUCGCCCACAAGUCCUUACUUCCCCUGAGCAAACAACCCUCAACUCCUCACCAAACGUCCCCCGUCCGCUCUCUACCUCCACGACCAUCCGCGGCAUGCCACCAAGCUCCCCGGCGUUGCCCAAAGACGGUCACCUGACAUCCGAGCACUACACGGCGCUGCUCAACAUGAUCCUCGCGGAGCAAGCAGCGCGCCAAGAUCUCGAGACCGUGGUUGUAGAUCUCCAGGCGCGGCUCCAGGCUCUGCACUCCGCCGGCACGGAGCACGCAGACCCGCGCCGGGUCGGAUUCUCCUCUUCCGACCCGGACAACAGCAGCGAUGACGAAGGCCGGUUCGGCCAGAACGACGACGACGACGACUUCCAGACGCCGGCCGAAGAACGGCCCGAGCCCCCCUUCGGCGGCGAGAUCUUCGGCGAGAUCUCGAGCAAUCGCGCCGCGGGCCCGAGGAUCGGCCCGCGGACGUUAAGCCUGAGUCAGAUGACGCUGGGGAAGGGCGGUAGCCCUGUGUGA